UAAUGUAGAGCAGCCUUUUACGAGCAAAGCUUGAUGAAGUAAUAAAGAAUUAUGUCAUCUCUAAUGAAAUUACUUUUCAUUAUUGUAAUUUAUGUCAAUCAAUGUACAAGCGACACCUGUACAACCAAUACUUGCAACGUAAAGGAAGCUACGAAUAAAUACUCUAAAGAUGCGAAUGGCAAGUACGAAAAAUAUCUGUCUGCGAUUGAAGCGGCUGAAACCAAUUACAAAGAAUGCGACUUAAACAAGUGCAAGUGCUUAGCUAACGUCAUAACGAGAGACUUGAGUACAUUCGCCAAACACGGCAUUGACGAAAAGUUGAUUGAAGCAGCAAGACCUAGAGGUACGUUCUAUCAGGUGAUCAAUGGUAAAUUGUACAGAGAGAAAAAUUGUAUGUUCCCAUCAAGGUGUAUUGGUAUAGAGUAUUUCAUAACUAAAGUUAUCGCUAAUGUUUCCGAUAUCAGUAUGGUUAUCAAUACGAGAGACUAUCCGCAAUCGAGUAAACAUUUUGGCGAAGCGUUACCUGUUUUUUCUUUUAGUAAGACUUCGCAGUACUACGAUAUAAUGUAUCCGGCAUGGGCUUUUUGGGAAGGUGGCCCAGCUAUCAAAUUAUAUCCACGUGGAUUGGGUCGAUGGGAUCAGCACAGGAAAUCUUUGCACGAGGCCAAAGAGAAAUAUCCUUGGGAAACGAAAGUAUCCAAAGUAUUUUUUCGUGGCUCGAGAACCAGCUCUGAAAGAGAUAACUUAGUUCUACUUAGCCGUGCUAAGCCUCAACUCGUUGAUGCUCAAUACACUAAAAAUCAGGCGUGGAAGUCAGAGAAGGAUACGCUAAACGCGCCAGCCGCCACGGAAGUCUCGCUAGAGUCCCAUUGCGCUUAUAAGUAUCUGUUUAAUUAUCGCGGCGUCGCUGCAUCGUUUAGACACAAACACUUGUUCCUCUGUGGCUCUCUUGUCUUUCACGUUGGCGAGGAAUGGACAGAAUUUUAUUACGACGUUAUGAAGCCUUGGAUUCAUUAUAUUCCUGUACCGAGUCAUGCUACACAAGAUCAACUAGAAGAACUGAUUCAAUUUGCUAUAGAUAAUGAUGCUAUCGCUAAGAAAAUCGCUGAUAGAGGACGGAAUUUUAUUUGGAAAAAUCUCAAAUUAUCCGAUGUAAUGUGCUAUUGGAAAAAGCUGCUCAAGCGAUACUCCAAACUUUUCAAAUUUAAACCAAUGUUCGAUACCAAGUUGUUACAAAUUUCAGGUACUUAAGAAAGCUCUAUUCGGGAGAUUAUAACUGUGACACUCAAAGAUCUCUCUCUUUUUCAACGUUAAUAUGUUUUAUAAUUCAACGUGUCUUGAGAAAUUAUGUAUUAAGAAAGCAUUCUCGUGAUACUCAGUCAAGUUUCCAUUUUUAUAUACUAAAAGGGACGGGGUGAGCAAAAAUAAAAAAGUUUUAUUUUAGUGGAAGAUAACAAAAAUGAAAUUUAUAAAACAAAACAAUAUAAAAGGCAUAAGAACUCCGUAGAGAAAAGCCUGAAGUAAAUUAACAAGUAAAAUAUAUAAAACUAAGUGCUUUUAUAAACAAACUUUUACAAAUCCGUUUGCGGGCAAAGGAACUGGCCUGCCGCGCGCCCUGGAUGUAAUUGACCCGGAACCAAAUAAAAACUGUCCGCGGUGCGUCUCACUCGAGCCGCCACAGCAGCCUUGCAAGGGUAACCUCCCUCGUUAGGCCUUACACGCCACAGAGUUUGACCACAUCCCCGCUUACUCGAACUCACGCUCUUUCACUCGUUAUUACGCUCAAUAGACUACACCGGCCCUCAGGUCAACUUUGCAGCUUAUCAUUACCGUCCCUGGACAAUCUACAAUACCCGGAAGUUGAACUUCUCGCGAGGUCUAACGACCUCCAAGAGUCGAGGCUCUUGAAAGGAGCUACGCUUUUCCCUAAUUACUCUACGUGCUUAAACGUUUUUCGCUCAAACGCGUUGAGUUUUUCUGGUUAGUAUCAGUAACAGCGAGGUGGAUACUUUUAUUUCGCACGGGCCACGCGUCUUCUGGAGUUUUCUUCUACCGCGGCACGUUAACCAACAGGUGUUAGCGAUUAUCGCACGCUGUUUGAAAAUUCCUAAUAUUAUUAAAAAAAAUUUUUUUAUUUUAGGCCUUUUCUCAAC